AUGAAGUCUACGGACAGCAGGAGGCCUUCCAGCGGCAAGAGUCACGGCAAGAAUCCUCUCCCCGUAUCGGACUCCAAGGCGAGUGGCAGCCCUAAGGCGUCGAAGGCUUCGAGCGCCGUACAGAGUAGUGAUGCUGCGUCUAAGGCCGGUGUGAAGGCGCUCGGCACCAAGAUGCCGCAUCGGCUCCAUUCCCCCUCUAAGGCGAGUAGCAGCGCUAAGUCGUUGAAGGGACGCAGUCUCGUACAGGGUAGUGACCCGGCAUCGAAGGCUGAUGCGAAAGAUGACGGCACCGGGAAGCGGCCGCUCGUCGCUGAACCGAGCACUUCACGCCGGCCUUCGGGCGCUGCCGUCGGGAAAGGCGGUUCGACAACGACCGACGUCAAGGCAGACAGGGCAGACAAAACUCUCACUAGCCGCGAUAGGAGUGAAUCAAGUCGGCCAAAGGAGCCCAAGGACGACGGUUCAAAGGCCGUCCCGGAAAAUGCGGACGACAGCCAGUUUCACAGCGCUCAAAGUACUCUUUUUGUGACACCACGUAUCGAAACCAUGGCUGAAAGAAAAAAGCAAGCACCGCCCUCGCAGGAAAGCGUACCGAAGGAAAAAAACAAAGGUGGGGCGAAAGAAAAGGACACAACUUCCCCCGCGACGUCGUCGCCAGCACUAGAGGUAAGUAACCAGGAGAAGACGCCUGCAGCGGUGAACGAUGAAGCGGACGCGAAGGCGCCCAAGACGCAGGAGAAGAAGAACUCAAUAACCUUCAACAAGAUCAGCGCCAAGAGCCACGAGGGCAAAAAGCAGCGCAAGAAACGUGGCCAUUCCAGAGGGAACAAAGCGGUGCAAACGAACCCAGAAGAUGCGCAGAUGGCACCGGCCGGACCGCCCAUCCACCUGCUGUUCUCGCCGUCAUCAUGCAGUCUGUGCGACAGCAACGCUCCUCCAAGUUCCUAUGGCGCAAUGCAGGCUUUCCAAAUCGGCAAAUAUGGCGCUGUGAUCGCCGCUACCCCCGUGGUGACGCCGGCUCAAAAGCACUCGCGUGGAGUCGUCAAGAAGAAGACGACGACGACGACGACGACAACUACGCGACGUGUUCAGGACAGUGACAGGAGCAGGACACCGCGUUCUAGGCAGCUUGCCGAGGAGACCACGACAGAAGAAGUACAGGAAGCCGCAGAUGAUCGAAGUGAUGCCGAUGGAAGCAAGGAUUCGACAUCGGUGGCCGGUAACGUUACCAGCGGAGGAGCCGUUAAGAAAACUGUGACCACAAUGCGCCGUCCGAAGAAUCGCCACAAGCAUGGGAGGAACUCCGACACUUCGGAUGGCGUCGAAGGGACCAUCACGGAAGUGAUCGGACCUGCCGAAACAGAAGCGAAACAAGCCGCUGUCGAGAAACAGCCUGACGGCGCUAAAGCAGGGGGCACAGUUGUCGAACUGUCGGCUAAAAAGAACGUGGCAAGCGGAGCCCUGAAGAAGACCGUGAAGACCACGCGCCGUCUAAAGGACGCCGACAGGGACCCGCGACCUCAGAACGACGUCAUCGAGACAGUGACCAGGGAAGUUGUCGAAGUGGAAUCUGAAUCGGCGCCCGAGCAACCGCCGGCAGCGGCGCCCGUCAUCGCCGGGCUAGCGCGCGGCGCCUCGACCACUCAGUACCGCUACGUGGAGUCCAGGCGUCCGGCGUCGUCCCCGUACCGAGCACGCCACGGGGUCGAUGCAGUCUACCAGCGCAUGCAGCUUCGGCCGCCUGGCUUCUGGACAAACCAACCUUACCGGCGUGCACUGUAA